GGGCUCUUUGCCAGGAGCUCCGUGAGGAGGUCAAUAUGGUGAAGAUGGAGCAGUCACAGAUGGCAGAGGACAUGCAGUAUAUGCUACAGAAUUUUAACAUGGAACAAUUCCAGAACAUGAUGGAUGAGUUCCGUAACCAGCUGUGGGAGUCUCUCAUGUCUGCCAUGAAGGAAAUGUUGGGUGGACCCAGCUCCCGAGACAAGAAAUCUGGCCAGUAUCUCCUAGACUCGGAGGAUGACCAAGGGCUGAUUGUCAUCGGCAAUGAAAUUCCCCUCGUGGAAAGGCCCAAGACACCAAAACGUGGGGACAGCCGGCCUGCCAGCCCCAGCGGCAAGACAGAGGGCAGAGAGAAGGACGAGACUGCAAGCACCGACGUGCCCUCCGUUGGGGAAAGUGACACAGGACAGAGUGACAUGGGACAGAGCAGGGCACGGAGUGCCAUGGCACGGAGGGGCAUGGGACAGAAGGACAUGAGGCAAAAUGUGCAAUGGGGUGACACAGGACAGAAUGACACGGAACAGAAGGACAUGGGAAGGAGCGUGCAAUGGAGCAACAGAGGACGGGAUGACAUGGGACGGGAUGACAUGAGACGGGAUGACAUGGGACAGAAGGACAUGAGACGAAAGGUGCAACGGAGCGAUGCAGGACAGAAUGGCAUGGGACAGAAGGGCAUGGGGAAGAGUGUGCGAUGGAGUGACAGAGGAGGGGAUGACAUGGGACAGAAGGACAUGGGACGGGAUGACAUGGGACAAGAUGAGAUGGGACAGAAGGACAUGGGACAGGAUGACAUGGGACAGAUCAAGAAUGAAGAGAUCGAGAUAGAUAUCUCUGAGGUAAAGGCUCUUCCCAGCUCUCUGGACAGUCCCCCUGAGAUGACCGACAUGGGAGAGAUCAAGGAAGAAGAGACCAAGACGAGCAUCUCCAAGGCUCCUCCCCAUGUUCAGACAAAGAGUUCAGAUGGCAGUUUCACCACCUCAGAAAUGCAUCCAAGAGCCCCUGGCAGCCGUGUCCAAGUCCAGCGGGUGCAGUCAGUACGAGGCCACCCAGGGUCCCAGGACCUCUGGGUCCCAGCUGAGAGCGUAGCUGGGACUAGCAGGAUGCUCCUAAGGGUGCCCUCUUCCGAGUACGCACCUUGUGACCCACUUGUGAAGAUGUCUGCCCAAUGCUCUGAGUUCCUCCCGUCCAUGCCGCCGGCAUCCCCCGGGCUCUCCAUGCGCCUGCCCCAUCUCCGCAGGCAGGAGCAGAGGGAGGAGGCAGCCGACGGCUAUUCCCGCAGAUCACCGAUGUACUCCGGGGGCAAACACACCAGCGUCAGCGCCGUGCAGCGCAUGGAGCCCCUCCUUCCAGACCCCAACAUGGUAGGGAUGGGGAAGGUGGGGACACAGGCAGGACACGGAGGCUGGGAGAGUGAUGCUGAGGGUCUGGGGGAGCAUCUACGUCUCAGUGUCCCCAGGAGGAGCUGGGUGGAGAGGCUGGCUUGGGGAUGCUCAGUGCAGCCCAGUGUGGCAGAGCCAGCCCAUCCCCUCCUUCCCAGCCCGGCACGUACGAACUGAUGGGCAAGGAUGGAGUCGUGUACCGGGGCCGGAUUCCCCCGGACUGAGCAAGCAACAUCAGCCUGCAGAAAUAAAGGGUAACCAACCACCUGUGCCUCCUGAGUGGAGCAGGAUUGUGCACAAGGAGGGGCCGGCAGCAUCCCUCGUCCUGCAAACAGCCCCUGUGAAACCCAGGCUCUCUGUCAGUCCCCUGCUGUCGUGCAACCCCCGGCCCUCCCGAGCCCCACUUGUGCCCUGCCAGUGGAUCUCCAAAAGGAUCAGGAGGAGGAGUUCAUUUGCUGCUGGGGAAGGGGGAAAUGGGGACCUCAGCGGGAAGGGCAGCAACAGAGCACAGUUUGAUGCCAAAAGCAAAUCCCAGCCCAAGCCGCUGGGAUGAGCAUGGCUGAGCUGCCUUCUCACCUCCGAGUGAAGAAACGCCCUCUGCCACCCCUGGUCCCUCUCGCAGCGCUGCCAUUGACCGAAGGCAAAAACCCCUCUGCUCCCACCUCCAACCAACAGGAGAGGGACAUGUCCCCUCCUUCCCCUUGUGGCACCCCAAGGCUUGGGGCUGCUUCUCCCAGCCCCCCGUGCCACCCUCCCCUCCCCAGUGUGUGCUGAGAUACUGGGCAGGGAAACCCCGACCCUGGAGCCCACGGGGACACCGAGGGGUGUCACAGCUGGGGACACACGGCACAGGGGGCUGGGGAUGUCCCCUCCACACACAGGCAGUGAUGCUUCCUGGGGGGACGCAAAGGUGGCGGCACCUCUCGGGUGAGUGGGAGGGUGAGAAACCCGAGGGGAACCCCACUGGAACCUCGGGGGGACCCAGAGCUUAUGGGGGACAUCUCCUGUGGAAACCCUGCCCUCCUGGUGGACGUCCCCAUCUUUCCCCCCACAGAGACAGCCUCCAUCCCUGUCAGCCCCACUGUACUCCACAGGCACAGGGAGCUCCCCCUGGAAUGUUCUCCCUGCUGGGUUUGGUUUUUCAGGGGAAAACCAGGUGCUCAAAACCUGCUCUGGGGGUACUGAGGUGGACACAGCUGGAUCUGGGAUCCUCCCUGUGCCACCUCCUUUAGGAAAACUGGGAACACUCUGAGCAAACCCAUGGGCACCAGAGCAGAGCCAACAAAGAACUAUCCUGCACUCCUGGCUGGGGUUGAGGGGCCUAAAACCAAACACCUUUGGGACUGACUGCAUUUGCAGGCCAUGGCCCAGCUGGGGUCACCUCUUUGGUGCUCAUCAUCCUCCUGCCCCUUUUGCUGCCCCAGAAUCCAGGUGCACCCUAAAAAGACCCCCACCCCCCAAACACACACCCAGCCCCAACACCCCCAGCCCUGGGUGAUCUUUGGAGCAGGUAAAUAACCCCAGAUGGAUUUUACUGCCUCUUCUCCUUGGAAUUUGUGCCAUCCUGGGGACUUCCCCAAUCCUGCAGGGAGCUUUGGACUGUGCCUUGAGCCUCCCUCUCAUCCCUGACAUUUCCAGAGCGGCUGUGCUCCCAUUUUUGGGAUUUUACCCCAGCUGUUUGGUGUGUGAACACAGUGGCCACGGGCCUGGUGAGCUCCUGUGUCCUCUGGCUGGUGACCCUUCUGCAGAGGGGGACACUCAGAGGACACCAUCCCCUCCCCAAGCAUCCCCACAGUGCUGAGGCCUGGGGAGGCUCAUCCCUGAGUGGGUGAUGGGGUUGGGGGCCCAGGUUGCUGGGGGCCUUUUGCAAGCUUUAAGAUUUUGUGAGGGGACUGACAGGGGUGUCAGCUGCACCCCCUGGCACAUGGGGGCUCCUUGCUGUGCUGGCACAGCACCCCCAUGGCCUUGGGUCUUCCCUUCCCCCUGAUCCCCCCUCUUUGGGGACAGCAGUGGUGGCUUGUGGAGGCAGAGCACAGACUCAGUCCCCACUGGUGAUGCUGCCUCACAGAGGAGUCACCCCCAUUUUCAGCGCCCUGCCAGGGACACCCUCCCAGCACAGAGAAAAGGCAGGGGCAGCUGGUGUUAAAAAAGUGAUUUUUUUUUUAAUUUUUAUUAUUUUUAAAUUAAUAAAAAACCUUCAACCU